AUGAGCCUGCCUGAUCUGCCCAGCAUGAAGGACAUGCCGUCCCUCUCGUCCAUCGGCUCGUCCGCCGCGGAGGGGGCGAAAGGGGUGUACACGGCCGCGAACAACGUCAAGCUGUUUCAGAAGAAUCUUCGGGAUAUGAUUACCGGGAUCCGCGCGGCGAAGGACAAGCAGAAGGAUUACAUGAACAAGUGCCUUCAGGACAUCCGCGCUGAGGUUGUGAGCUCCGAUAUUCGCACCAAGGCUGUGGCCAUCGAGAAGGCGACCUACCUUCACUCGCUCGGAUACAACAUGAACUGGGCGUCUUUUCACGUCGUCGAGCUCAUGAGCACCGAUAACGUCAAGUACAAGCGCGUCGGCUACCUCGCCGCGACGCAGUCCUUCGGCGACGACACGGACGUCGUGCUCCUCAUCCCUAACCUGCUGAAGAAGGACCUCGCGUCGCCCAACCCGGCCGAGGCUGCGCUGGCGAUCGCGUGCCUCGGUAACAUCGUCACCCCGGAGCUCUCCCAGACCCUCGUGGCGGACGUGUACUCGCUGCUGAACAACCACAAGCCCGACCUGAGGAGGCGCGCUUGUCUGUGCCUCUACAAGUGCUUCCUGAGGUAUCCCGAGGCGUUGCGACCGUCCUUCGCCAGGCUCACCGAGUGCCUGGAGGACGACGAUCAGGGCGUGGUCCAGGCGGCGGUGACGGUGCUGAGCGAGCUGGCGAUGCACAACCCAAAGACGUACCUGCCCCUAGCGCCCAAGUUUUACAAGCUCCUCACCACCUCCUCGAGCAACUGGAUGACGAUCAAGCUCGUCAAGGUGUUUGGGGUGCUGACCCCGCUGGAGCCGAGGCUGGCGAAAAAGCUCGUGGGUCCCCUUGGCGAGAUCUUGGAGACGACGAGCGCCAAGUCCCUGCUGUACGAGUGCAUCCGCACGAUCGUGGCGGGGAUGACGAGCCAGGAGAAGAUUGUGCGGCAGGCGGUUGACAAGCUGAAGGACAUGCUCAACGACACGGACCCCAACAUCAAGUUCUUGGCCCUCCACGCCCUCACCUUCCUCCUCGAAUCCCACCCGAGGAUCGUGGCGGAGCACAAGGGGAACAUCUACGGGUGCAUCGAGCACGAGGACUCCAACAUCCAGUACUGCGCCCUCAAGAUUGUUCGGGGUUUGGUGACCAAGAAGACACUCAUGGACACCACCGCGCUCCUCAUGGGCGCCAUGGGCAAGUCGGAGCAGCGAUUCAGGGACGAGUUGGUGUGGAGCGUGAUCCACAUCUGCAUGAACGACAGGUACGCGCUGGUCACCGACUUUGUGUGGUACCUCACCGUCCUCGCCGACCUCGUCCGCGUGCCGUCGAGCUCGCACGGCAGCCUCGUGGGCGAUCAGCUCGUGGACAUCUGCCUCAGGGUGGAGGUGGUGAGGGAAUCCGCGGUGGCCAUCCUAAAGCCCCUACUCCUGGACCCGUCCCUGCUGGAGAGGAGCGAGAGCAACGCCACCGUGCCCGAGGCUCUCAAGGCGAUCGCGUGGAUCGUCGGCGAGUACGCCCAAUACGUCGCCGACCACGACGCGGUCAUCGCGGCGCUGUCCCACCCCAACGUCGCCAACCUGCCCGCGCCCGUGCAGGCGGUGUACGUGCAGAGCCUGCUGAAGGUGUACGCGUCCGCGGUGUCGAUGCACGCGGGGUCGGUCAGGCCGGCGCCCGAGAUGCCCGCGCCUGUGUUGGCCGCUCACGAGCAGCUCGAGGGGAUGUACGUCGAUCCCGAGAUGCCCAAGUCGUCGCCGGUGCCGAUGACCGCGUCCCUGCAUCGACUCGGCGAGAAGAUCAGGACCAACGUCGCGCCGUUCUGCAAGAGCCUGCACCUGGAGGUGCGCGAGCGCGGCUGCCAGCUGAAGACGAUUCUCGACAUGACGUUUGCGGCUGAGGCUGAGACGCCGGGCGAGGGCGUGGCUCUCAUGGAGGCGUUCGCGGUCGUGCUCUCCGAGGAGAUCCAGCCCGUGUCACUCAAGGCCCAGCGCAAGGUGGAGCCGGCUCCCGAGCUGCUCCUCACGGCGCCGCUGUCGAAGGAAUGGGACGGCCUCCUGCUCAGCAGCGACGACGAGGGGAGCGACGACGAGGCGCCCGAUCGCAAGAAGAAGAAAAAGGGCAAGGGCAAGGAGGACAGGUCCGUCACGGAGCUGUUCACGCAGAAGAAGAGCAAGGAACAGAUCGCGAGGGAGGAGGCGGAGGCGCGCGAGAUGCUGCAGCGGCACCGCGAGAAGAUGGGCCAGUAUUACCUUGGGGGGGAGGUUCCGGAGGCAAAGGAGAAAAAGAAGAAGAAGAAGAAGGGCGACGCGGAGGCGCUCCCGGAGCCGGAGCCGGAGCCGGAGCUUCCCCUGUACAUGCAGCAGAGCAUGGCUGGGGGAAAGAUGGCGCGACCCACCAUCAAGGGCGAGGACGACUCCUCGGACGACGAGUACGCGCCCAAGUCGAAGGGUGGCGGAUCCGGCAAGUUCAAGUCCAAGAUCGACGCCGCCGAGCUUCACGCGGGGCUGGGUACCUACGACCCGCUGAAACCCCUGGGACGCGGCGAGGAGAUGCCCUCCGUCGAGGCGUACCCGACCUUCGAUCCUUACGCCAACGAGCCGGGCGGUCCCCCCACGAACGCGUUCGCCGUCGGGGCAUACCGCGGUAAAGAUAAGAAGAAGAAGAAGGAUUCCAAGAAGAAGGACUCCAAGAAGGACUCCAAGAAGAAGGACUCCAAGGGGGAAAAGAAGGAGGCGAACAAUGCGGACAAGAAGGAGAAAAAGGCUCCCAAGGCGGAUGAGGGCAAGGUGAAGAAGGAGAAAAAGGAGAAAACUGCAAAGACCGAGAAGAAGGAGUCCAAGUCGAAGGACAAGAAGGAGUCGAAAUCCAAGAGUGACAAGGCAGCAAAGAAGCUGUCGAAGGUUUCAAUCGGCGAGGCGUGAUUGCCCUUCCAUUCAUUCAGAUUGCAAUGAAACGUAUUGAGUCGUCAUCAACAAU